AUGAAACCAGAAUUGAAAAAUCCAGACCUAAUCAAAGGCCUCGGUUACAUUAACGGUGAAUGGGUAAAGGAUAGUAAUGAAUUCUUUGAAGUUGAUGAUCCAUCCACUGGUGAGAUCAUUGCUAAAUUGCCAGAACAUGAUAUUGCAGUUGUAGAUAGAGCUGUCGAUGCCGCAUAUGAUGCCUUUCAGAAGUACAAGAACACUCUACCCAGACAGCGUGCUACUUGGCUAAGAAACUUAUUCAAUUUAAUGACUGAAAAUGCUGAGGAUCUAGCUAAGAUUAUUACUUGGGAAAACGGUAAGUCACUUCCUGAUUCCCGCGCUGAAAUUAAGUACGCUGCUUCUUAUUACGAGUGGUACGCAGAAGAGGCUCCUAGAAUAUAUGGGGCAACUAUUCAACCUUCAAUCCCAAAUAAUAGAGUUAUUACCAAAAGGCAACCAGUUGGAGUUUGUGGUAUAAUUUGUCCUUGGAAUUUCCCAAGUGCCAUGAUUACGAGAAAAGUUGGUGCUGCUCUAGCUGCUGGCUGUACUGUUGUUGUUAAACCUGAUUCACACACACCACUUUCCGCUCUUGCAAUGACAGUAUUGGUUGAAAAGGCCGGAUUCCCUAAAGGAGUAUUCAAUGUUGUUUUAUCUCAACACAAUACCCCAAAAUUGGGGAAAAGAUUAUGUGAGCAUCCUAAGGUUAAAAAGGUGACCUUUACUGGUUCGACUAGAAUCGGUAAAACAUUAAUGGAGCAAGCCUCUUCAACCUUGAAAAAGUGCUCCUUUGAGCUAGGGGGUAACGCACCUUUUAUAGUUUUUGAUGAUGCUGACCUCGACUUGGCGGUUGAUCAAGCAAUUGCAUCAAAGUUCAGGGGUAUGGGUCAAACUUGUGUUUGUACUAACAGGUUUUAUGUUCAGGAUACAAUAGCUGACGAAUUUGCCGAGAAGUUGGUUACUAAAGUUAAACAGUUUAAGAUAGGAGAUGGUAUGAAGGAAGGUGUUACUCAUGGCUGUUUAACUAAUGCAAAGCAAGCUGAUAAAGUCGACGAACACAAAAAGGAUGCAAUUGAAAAAGGAGCUAAGGUUUUGCUCGAGGGAGGUCGUAUGCCAGAUUUAGGUAAGAACUUCUACGCUCCCGUGGUGUUAAAGAAUGUCCCACAAUCAGCUAUGGUGGCUAAGGAAGAAACUUUUGGUCCUUUGUGUCCAAUCUUUACAUUUAAAACCGUUGAAGAAGUUCUUGGUUAUGCUAACGAUACUGAAUUAGGACUUGCUUCAUACGUUUUUACUAAGAAUGUCAAUACGUUAUUCACCGUUAGUGAAGCUCUUGAAGCAGGUAUGGUUUCAUGUAAUACAGGAUUGUUUUCUGACAGCUCAGUUCCAUUCGGUGGUGUUAAAGAAUCAGGGUUUGGUAGAGAGGGUUCACUUUAUGGUAUUGACGAUUAUACUACGGUUAAAAGUAUAAUAAUUGGAAAUUUACCAGAUAGUUUAUAG